CACAAAAUGUCAAUGAUGUUGUCAAUGACAUGACAGCUUGGCUUGUAUUUCGGUAUUUGGAUGUGUUUUUGUCAAAAACCUAAAAAUAUUCUUAACUAUUCGCACCCUCAAAGCUAAUAAAUGCUAAUUUCAUUGAAAAUCUACUGAAUUAAGUGUUUAGCACUGCAUUGGCUCUAAAUCUGGUGCAGUAUAUGGAUACAUAUUUUACAGUCUAUUGAAUUUUUGUAAAAUUAUGAACGAUUAAUCAUUCUUGCAUGUUAUGAAAACUGGUAGAAAAUGGUUCUGAAUAGUUGUACGAAACCACACUAUAAGAUGGAGGAUGGCAUGGACAUAGAGGAACAUGAUCUGUUGAACAACCCUACUGUGAGGAGUGUGUUUCCAGAUCUUGCCAUUCUCAAACAAGAAAUUAUUGAUUUUGAUACAAGUGAAGGUGUAGCACCAGAAACAUUUACAACGUCGCCAGAAGUAUCAAUGAGAAAUGAAAACAAAAAUCAACUACACAAUUUAACAGUCUAUAGUGGGGAUCAUCCUACCGAGUGCUCCACUCAAGACCGGGAUGUGAAACCUGACCACCUGUGUACUGACAUGGAUGACACAAUAACGGUCAAGCGCAACAGUUUGACAGAAUUUCAUGAAAUUGAAACUGUAAUCAAGAAGGAAUCAGAGAAUGUUGUACCAAAUGAAUUGCCAUUUUACAGGAACAGGAUUAUACUUGGCAAGAUACAAGUAGAUGAGUCUGACGAAGAACGAGAAAUUGAUGCACCAGGCGACUCUAAUAAUGUUGUUAACAACAAAACAAACAAUGAUCAAGAUUUGGCAGUGUCAAUAUACACUGAUGUAAAUAGAAGCAUGAGGAUAACUAAACAGUAUUAUGAAAUGGAAAAAUGUUUGGGAGCGAAAAUUAUUUUAACAAACUGUUAUACAACUCUAUUGAACAACAACUGUUACUGUGCUCAGUGUGCAGUGUUGUUCCCCACCACUGAAGCGUAUAGUGAACAUUACACAAGCACACACACCGAGACCACUCACUCAAAUAAAGCCUCGGCUUCUCUUGUGAAACGUAAACAAAUCAUAUACCCACGUGAGAAAGCAUUUGUGUGUGACUCCUGCACGAAAACAUUCAGCAAAAAAACCAGCUUGAUAAAGCACAUUUUAAUUCACACUGGCGAACAGCCAUUCGAGAGUGACAUUUGCAAGAAAACAUCGAGGCAUCGGACUGCAAUGAAAAGACACAAGUUAAUACACACUGGGGAAAAGCCCUUCCAUUGUGACAUUUGCACGAAAUCAUUCAACCAAAGGUGUUAUCUUAAGGAGCACAUGUUACUUCACACUGGUGAAAUAUCUUUCGAGUGUGACAUUUGCACGAAAAUAUUCAGGCACCGGUCUUCUUUGAAAACACACAAGUUAGUUCACACUGGCGAAGAGCCAUUCCAGUGUGACAUUUGCACGAAAACAUUUAGACUAAUAAGUCAUUUGAAGAACCACAAGUUACAUCACACUGGAGAGAAACCUUUCCAGUGUGAAAUCUGCAAGAAAACAUUCAAAUAUGUAUCAGCUUUAAAACAACAUAAGUUAACUCACACUGGCGAAAAGCCAUUCGAGUGUGACAUUUGCAAGAAAACAUUUAACCAAAUAAGAAAUUUAAAGAUGCACAAGUUACUUCACACUGGCGAAAAGCCAUACAAGUGCGGUGAUUGCAAAAAAUCGUUUAGGCACAUGAAUUCUUUGAAAAACCACGAAUUGAUCCACACGGGAGAAAAGCCAUUUCAGUGUGAAACUUGCAAGAAAAUCUUCAUUUAUCUAUCAGCUUUAAAACAACACAAGUUAACUCACACUGGCGAAAACCCAUUCUUGUGUGACAUUUGUAAGAAAACCUUCAAUCAGCGAAGUGCUAUGAAAAGACACAAGUUAAUACACACUGGUGAAAAGCCAUUCGAGUGUUUAACUUGCAAGAAAACCUUCAGAUACCUCAGUCAUAUGAAAGUGCACACUUUAAUCCACUCUGGAGAAAAGCCAUUCGAGUGUGACAUUUGCAAGAAAACAUUUAACCAAAUAAGAAAUUUAAAGAUGCACAAGUUACUUCACACUGGCGAAAAGCCAUACAAGUGCGGUGAUUGCAAAACAACGUUUUGUCUGCUUGGCAAUUUGAAAAAGCACAAAUUGAUCCACACGGGAGAAAAGCCGUUCGAGUGUGACAUUUGCACGAAGACAUUUAACCGAAGAAGUCACUUGAAGAGGCACGUGUUACUUCACACUGCAGCACAGGCAUAUGAUUCUGAUGCGUCAGAAAAAUUGUGAGAUCCGGGAAACAUGAGGAAACAUAGUACAUGACACGAUACAAACAUCGAUAGCAAAAUUAACUGGAGUACCCAUGUUGAAAACCUAAAAGUAAAGGGAAUAAAAGCGAUAAAUGCUCUCAGCCCCAUACUACAUUUUGAAAGUGCCCUGUUGGGACACCCUGUAUGUAUAGAUAUUGUUAUCACAAGUUAUUUACUUCAAUCUAUAAAGAUAUAGUGCAGGUGGGUUAUUCCGUAUUUCGUAUAAUUUCGAUUUUGCCGAUUUCUUCCAAACGCAGCGAUACUUUGAACCGUGGAACAAACCCAAGCAAGAAGAUUAAGUUGCCAUCAAAGUGAAUGGUUCCACGGUUCAAAGUAUGGCUGCGUUUGGAAGAAAUUGGCAAAAAUCGGAAUUACCCGAAAUUCGGAAUAACCCACCUGCACUAUAAGACAUAUUUGCCUUAACGUAGUUACACCACACAACAGUUAUUACAUUUAUUAGCUAAAUGUAAGUUCAAUCUAUUUAUGUACCUACCUACAUGCAACAAUAAAUAAAAAACAAAUUAUUAUAAAUAUAAUUCUUUAUUACCUCGCAUAUAACAAUGUUUCAGUUCAGUUUUGUUCAUGUCACUUGUAAAAUAAUAUGCGAGUGGGUGUGUGUAUUCCUUUUUUAUUCCUUUCACCAUGAAAACCAAUUCAUGUUUUGAUAGUAAGCAAAUCCUUUCAAUUGAUCCCUAGCGGCAUCAUAAUGCACUUGUGAUGAUAAAGUCAUUUCGUCCAAGAUAAUAGUGCAUCAUUUAUCCUCGUGAGGCAAAUCUUUGACGACAUUUAUCAGUUUGGUACACAUAGUAUUUUAAUCUUCAGC